AUGCCAGUCGACAUAGGAGAAGCUAAAGAAUAUUUUAAUCAAAUUCCUCAUUAUAUUCUUCGCCUCUAUGGGUAUCUCGUCAAUGGCCAGAAAGCAGUUGUCGCCAUUAUUGGUAUCAAGGUAUUUUUCGAUAUUCGUGUUCCCAACAAUACAAGUAUCCCUAAAUUCUGGUCUAAAGUGAAGGGCAUCCUUGCUACUGGGAAAUACAACGAGGGGAAGACCGUAAACAUGAAUCUAAUCCAGAUGGAAUGUAUAAAGGCAUAUCCUAUUCGUGGAUACCAUGCAGAAAAAAAGCCAUAUCUUCACAUUGUCACACCUAAUAAAGAUCUAAGGUUCACCGCUCUCGAUAUUAUCUCAAGCUACAAUUCAAAGGCAUUUUAUGUCCACAUUGAAAACUUUCAUCCUAUAGACAAUUUUGAACUAUUUUACAAAAUAUACCCAUCUUCUCUCUUUACCCAUGAUCGAGCAUUAGUCCUAACAUGGGAUAUAGAAACAUAUAACUCGCGUGGGUCAGGAAACUUCCCAGAAGCUAAAAAUGACACAUCUCAAGUUUUUGUGAUCUGUAUAACCCUGCAUUGGAAAGAUGAUCUGAUCCCCUUAGAGCGGAUAUGUUUAGUUGAUGUAGAAACAGAACCAGACCCGCGCUGA